CUCUUCGUUAGAUGAAGCGCGGGGCGCUUCCAGUCCGCGAAAUCCCCCCUCUUCACUUCCCGCCAACGUCAAGACGUUCGUUGCAAACCCUAACCCUAAUCUUGGGUGGACCAAGAACGGAUUGAGCCUAUCACCCAUUGCUUGCCGGCCAUGGACUUCAAGACCGGCGAUGAAGUGGAGGUGUGCUCCGACGAUGAGGGGUUCCGUGGUGCGUGGUACGAGGCCAAGAUCGUCCGCUCCAUGCCAAGGCUCAACCGCUACACUGUCGUAUACGACUCCAUCGUUGAGGAGACUGAUGCGUCCAGGAAUCUCCGGGAGACCGUCGACGCCGCAUACGUUCGACCUCGGCCGAUUUUCGCACGCGAUGGCGUAUUUGCCAUUCAACAGCCCGUCGACGCUUUCUGCAACGAUGGAUGGUGGGAAGGCGUUGUCUCUGGUUUGUUGGGUAGCGUGCGGAGAGCAAAAUAUAGCGUCAGCUUCCCCAGCACUGGCGACGUUAUGGAGUUCCUGCCUUCGGAGCUUAGGCCUCAUUUAGAUUGGGUCAAUGGGGAAUGGGUCGAUCCCCAGACGCAGGUUUCAUCUGUCCCUGGAGUAUGUUCCACAGAGGAUAUGUCUGGAAAGAUGUUUCAAAAGGGAACAUCUGUGGAGGUUAGCAGUGAUGCUGAAGGUUUUCAUGGAGCCUGGUUCCCAGCAACCGUUGUCAAGUCCGUUAGGAAUAAGUUCCUUGUGGAAUACAGAGAUUUGACAACUGAUGAUGAAACCGAGCCAUUAAAAGAAACUGUUGAUUCUCUGCACAUCAGGCCUACACCCCCCGCCAUUCUACCACCUGCAAAAUUCAAGUAUCUUGAAGAAGUUGAUGCUUAUUACAAUGAUGGAUGGUGGGUUGGAGUUAUUUCAAAAGUUAUUGAUGAUUCAAACUACAUCGUUUACUUCAGGACUUGGGGACAAGAAAUAGAAUUUAGAUAUGAAGACCUAAGACCUCAUCAUGAUUGGAUCAGUGGAAGAUGGUUUCGGGCUUCCCAGGUGCUGGAAUUGGAAUAAUGAAGUUGCUGUUACUGAAAUGAUAGAAUUGAUGAUGCUCUCUCUUCUCUCUAUAUGUCGAACUGAAUUCUGACAGCAAAUUCUGUGUAUUAACGCAGAUUUUAAGCUUCUACUGAGUUGUGGUGGUUGAAGUCUCUAUCAUUUAAGAGGUGAAGUUGAAGAUUUUUGAUGCUCAUUCAUAAUAUUUCUUUUUUUAUUUUUUCAUUUUUAUAGAUAAGGUUAGUCUUCAAAGACAUUUAAUGUAGCUGCAGAAAUAUUUAAUGUAAGUGAAAUUUGAUCAUUUUGUAGGCAUUUA